AAUUCGAGCUCCUCAGUUACAGGAGCGACACGUACGCUCGUAAGUACUGCGGCGUGCCGGCCAUGGACGAGCUGCUUUCGCCGUGCUCCUCCAUCUUCCCGCCGUCGCCGCCGUCCCAGUUCUUCCCCGCCGACGGUCCCCACCACCAUGUCCUCGAGUUCGCCUCCUGUGAGGUCCCCGAGCAAUGGCUGCUGGACGAUAUCGUCCUCGCGCCCAAGAGCGAGGAUGGAGAUUACGUGUGGCCUGCUGGGAGCUCCACGCUCUCCCCGGACUCUAUCAUCUCCCAGAUGCCGCCGUCCAGUCUCCCGGCGUCGACGUCGAAGCGUCGUGGGCGGAAGCCCGGUCCCCGGCCCGAGGCACCCAGCGUCAGCCACGUGGAGGCCGAGCGGCACCGCCGCGACAAACUCAACCGCCGCUUCUGCGACCUCCGCGCCGCCGUGCCCACGGUGUCCCGCAUGGACAAGGCCUCCCUGCUCGCGGACGCAGCCAACUACAUCGCCGAGCUGCGCGCCCGCGUCGCGCGGCUUGAAGAGGAGGGCCGGGAGGCCGCCGCGACGUGGGAGGCGAGCAGCAGGUCCGCUUCGUCCCGAGGCGGCUACUCCCUGCACCGCCUGGCCGGCGACGAGGCUGUGGAGGUGCGAAUGGUUGGGCGGGACGCGGCGGCCUUGCGUGUGACGACGGCGGGGGGCGCCCCGCACGCGCCGGCUCGACUGAUGAGCGCGCUCCGUUCGCUGGAGCUGCAGGUGCAGCACGCGUGCGUUAGCAAGGUGCAGGGCGUGACGGUGCAAGACGUCUUCGUGGACGUGCCCGCCGCGCUGCAGGACGACGACGGCGGCGCCCUCCACUCCGCGCUGCUCAAGCUGCUACGCGACAGUGCCUAGCUAAUUAACCUAGAUGAAGCUAAGCUACCCUACGUUUUG